UCUAAACUUUUCAGCAUUCUUAACUUGCUUGGAAAUUCGUAAGACUUUUAAUAAUGAAUACCAUGAUUAUUUUUCUGUUCGUCAUUGCUGCUACGUUCUACCUUGCCGAAAGCUUACCUCAAGGAAUGCCUGACAUACCGAAGAUCCCGGAAGCUCCAACCAUGGAUAAAGUUCCAGGAGCAGAUCAAAUGGACCCAGAAAACGUUCCCGGAAAAGACAAAUUAUCCGAAGUACCAGGAAUGGACAAAGCUACCGAAGAAAAAGACAAGGCAGAGGAUAUGACAAAUCUAGAAAGCAUAAAAAAUAUUUCCCAAAAUCCAGAUAUGGUUAAAGAUAUGCCGCAAAUGCCUUUUUCUUAAAUGCGCCAGUUUUGUACCAAUUAGUACUGAAAAUAUGUCCUUCAAUUUUAACUGUGUGAAAAAAUUAA